AUUCACUCACCGCUCACACAGAAUUUCGAAAGGCGUGCAGCGUCGCAACAUCACCGAUAAUCAUCAAUCCGAGCCCACUUUCCAUUGAAAUCCAUACAUCUACGGAGUACUGGCCUUAAAUCUGACUACCCCUGUUGCAUUCCACGUCUGGAACGCGAUGUCACCUGCCGCGAUCUUACAGACGGCUCCUGCCUGUUCAUCAACAGCCUCUCCCACUGAGCAGACACCUCGCUCUCCCGCAACUCCGGUUUCAAAUGGACCUGCACCGUUCGAUGAUAUCUUCAAGGCCAAGUUCUUUCAGAUCAUCGACGAAUUCAAGGAAAAGCCCCGCUUCCAGCCCUUGACUGCAACUGAGCGGAAAGCCUUCAUCUAUAGAGCUUACGCCGAGGCUGACGAAGUGUUUUUUGCCAACCGGGAACUGGGUGAGUAUGAGCAGAGAAUGAGGGCCAUGACCAAGGUAUUUUACACAAUACUUGCCGAAGAGCCAUGGACCGAUGACUACAUCCGCCCCCAUGAUGUGGAGCGGAAGCUCUCGCGAUUUGAGAUGCACAAGGAUUCUGUCGAGCUAGCGGCGAAACAUGGCUUGCACACGCCUCGGGAAGCCAUAGCAGCAGCACGCCAGCAUUUGAUCAAUCUCGACAAACUAGAUCCCAAAGAUCGUCCUGGACCACGAGGGCCGUUUGACGACAUUGAAGUGAUUUAUAUCCCGGGCACUGUCUCAUCUACGGCUACGAAUAAUAUCAACCGAGAUACGAUCUAUCCAGUUUCUGUCGCCUCAGUAGCGCAUACUCUUCACACGCACAUUUGUAGGGAUAUGACAGAACCCUAUAAGAUGGCGGAGAAGUUCGUAUACUGUACAGACACCGAAGAGCUCCUAAAACUUCGAAAAUUCGCCUGCGACGUGGUUGACUACACCCCUCAUCUCCUUGACAACGAUAAUGUUAGCCUACUUCUUGUCCUCCUGAUCUUGGCGCGUUCAGACAUAACACGUCGAUUUGAAGCCAACGGCAUCCGGAUCGAGGGCUCUACCAUCAGCCACCGCCGUGCAGAGUGCUUGAAGACCAAGAUUGGUUGGAGGACGGCGGACGAACGAAAGCCAUUCGAUAACGUGUCCACGGACCUUCAGACCCGGGUGAAAAACGCUUAUAGUCCUGUCUCUCGCACGCAUCGUACCACUAGGAAGGUUACGCGGAAGUCAGCCGGUCCUGCAACGCCUACAAUGACAACGCCGGAAACUGGUUUCUUUGCGCCUCCUAAACCCUUUAUCGCCUUCAAAGCCUUCAAAGUGCCGCAAGCCGCCGGGCCGGACUCGCGCUCACAGAUGCCUUCAACCCCGGCACUACCCUCGGCUGCGCCUCAGCAAAAUGGCGCUGAUCAGGAUGCAAUGGAUACAUCAUAGGUGGAGUUUCGAUGGAUCUGAUCUUCAUGGGCGCGGUUCCCCUUUGGGUAGACAGGACUUAAUCUUGCAUUAGUACAGCAUUAUCGGCGUAAACGAUACGUCGCAAGGGCGGCUUUCUCUCCACGACUGCAUAGAUCUCUGGUUUUAUUAGCGGCUUUCGACAGUCUUAGCGAGGAGUUUAGGUGUUUUGUUGGUGUGACAAUGAUGGCACCCUGGUACCGUUUUCCUUUCCUAUUUAGAUAUGGUAGAUAAACGAACUGAAA